AUGCAUACAAACAACCGAGCCGCAGUAGUAAAUACGACGCAGCUAUUAAACCAGAAGAAAUUUGAACUUGGUGAAGAUGACACAUCGGUAGUGAAUAAGGUUGGUGUGGACAGAAUAAAAGUUCAAAAAAAAAAGUUCAAAAUUAGUUCAAAAUACAUAUUAGAUAAAAUUGAGCCCAUAUUCCCGUCUCUGUCAUUAAGUGAAAACCUUAUUGUGAGUUUUUCUAGACCUCUCAUUAUAUGGUACAUCUCCAUAAAAAAUGGUUCUCUUCUCAAUCCUUGUGGCCAUGGAAGAAUACUAGCUAAUUAA